AUGGUGCGUGUGGCGAAAGACCGACUGAAGCAAGACGGCGUGGCGUACAAGCGGCAGGACGAUUAUUUCGCCGAGAUGCUCAAGCGCGGCGCGCACAUGGACAAAGUCAAGGACAAGCUUAUUCACGAGCAGAAGAAGAUCACGGCAGUCGAAGAGCGCAAGAAGUCACAGGCGCAUCGGAAGGUGGCGAAAGAAGUGCAGGCAGAGAAGGUCAAGGAACGGAACAUGCAGAAGAAGGAGACACUGUUGAAGCUGUGA